AAAAUAUUGUGAUAUCAGGAUUUUCAUUUGUGCUGCGGGCUCCAAAAGCAGGUAAUCCAGCCAGAAGCGGAAACACCUGGGAAGCUACGAAAAUGGCUGAAUUGGUUAAACUGAAGGUCUACAUCGAGAAAAUGAGGAAAAGAGCAGAGCGAUUUGGUAUGAUCAUCUCCCCUGUGUACAAGAAGGUCUACAUCGAGAAAAUGAGGAAAAGAGCGGAGCGAUUUGGUAUGAUCAUCUCCCCUAUGUACAAGAAGUUUCUAGAAGAAGAAAAGCUGAAGAAGAGAUUUGGAACUGUGACCAGUGCCGCCUCGGUUGGAGCUGAUGAUUUAGAGGCAAAGAAGCUAAAGCGAGCAGAGCGGUUCGGAAAUGUGUGAAUGACAAUUUUUUUUUUUUACAUUUUGUAUUUUGUAUUUUUUUUGUUACUCAAUGUGUUGCAAGUUCGUACAAUAAACACCUGCCAAAUUUC